UGUGGACAAAUGUUUAAAAUAAAAUAUUGGGUCUGUUUUAUAACAAUAUUGCAUGUUUUAUGAUUUAAGCAUGCAUCUGAUGGUUGACAGGUAUACUUGAAUAAUUAAACACCCAUUCACAAAUUCUCAAAUGGUUUCCUAAAAAAGGUUGAAGAUAUAUACAUAUAUAUUGAGAGAGAGAGAGAGAGAGUGCAGGGAAAUAAAAUAAUCACGUGUGGCACUUGACAGUCUCAAAAAUAUAUUCCCUGCAUUUACUUUUUGGUUUGAUCCUAACUUUUUAAUGCACCGUUAGCGUGAAUUUAUUAUGUAUUUUAUUUGUCACAGGCCAAAUAAAAUAAUUCAAUAAAUAAUUCAGCAAUCAGCUAAGCUAAAUGUAUUGAACUCUGUAUUCUAACUUUUAUCGCGGACAUUUUCCCCAGUCCCUUAACGCACCUGCAUCAACAGGCUGGUAAUAGAUCGAGGUUAAGUUCAACUGUCCGUCCUUCCGCCUGAAAACAAAUUGCAGCCAUUCUCCUGACCUACAGGCACCACAAAGCCCAUCAACACAACAGCUAACGGUCGCUACCGGACUGAACCUCCUCAACACACCCAUGUUCAAGAAGCAACGGUUUCUGCUGUUGGUGCUUCGGAUGUCCAAGUACACACUCUUUCUUCUGAGGCAUGGCGAGGGGGCCUGGAACAAAGAGAACCGUUUCUGCAGCUGGGUUGACCAGAAGCUGAGCGAGGAUGGGGUGAAGGAGGCCCAGGACUGUGGAAGACUCCUAAAGGAGCAGGGCUACAAGUUCGACUUAGUAUUCACCUCCUUACUCAGCCGCUCCAUCCACACAGCAUGGCUGGUGCUGGAGGCCAUGGGGCAGGAGUGGGUCCCCGUGGUCAAGUCCUGGAGACUGAACGAGCGCCACUAUGGUUCCCUGAUUGGCCUGAACCGGGCCGAUAUGGCUCUGCAACACGGAGAGGAAAAGGUGAAGUUGUGGAGAAGGAGCUACGCGAUCACUCCACCUCCGAUUGAUGAAUCCCACCCUCACUUCCUGGAAAUCUACAAUGACCGCAGAUACACCACUUGCGACGUGCCAAAAGAGAACCUUCCCCGAGCAGAGAGCCUGAAGGAGGUGCUGGACAGAAUGCUGCCGUAUUGGAACAGCACCGUGGUGCCAGAGAUAAGGAAAGGCAGGACUGUGCUGAUUUCUGGUCAUGGAAACAGCUGCAGAGCUCUGCUGAAACACCUGGAAGGUAUAUCGGAUGAGGAUAUUGCCCGUGUGACUUUACCCACAGGGACACCUGUGCUGCUUGAGCUGGAUGAAAACCUCAAGCCUGUGAAACCUCGACAGCUCUUGGGAGAUCAGGCGAAGAUUCAGGCGGCAAUUAAAAAGGUGGAGGACCAGGGGAAAGCCAAACCGUCAACUUGAACUCUCUUAACUGUCUGUUCUGGUUGCCUGUGUGCACUUUUAUUAGGUACCGGUACAGUGAAAACUCUUGAAAAGACUCAAACAAUCAUAAUAAUACAUGACAUCUUAUAAUCACAUCAGCACAUUGUUCAUAAGAUUCUAAUGUCAGGUGUGAAGUUACUGUAUGUGAAGUCGUGGCCUGACCUGGAUACAGAACGUGUCAUGGGUCCGACGGGUCCAACAGGAGCAAGUACUGCACUGUAAUUGUUUCAGCGCUGUCUUGAGUUGUAUCUUGUGUAAUCACUGGUGUUUAAGCUAAAUGUUACCACGUGGGGGGACUCAAAAGUGGUGCAUUAUUUAUUUACCUUUUGACUCCACCUUGCAGAUUACUUGUAAUUUGGUGAAUCUGAAAAAAUCGUCAAAUAUAUCACAUUAAGGAAGAAGAAGAGAAAAAAAGCUCCUUUCUAAAAGAUACUUUUCUGGUACAUUGAUGAGCUUUAACCCUUGUGUUGCCUUAGGAUCAUUUUGACCCGAACCAAUAUUACACCCUCCCCCCGCUUUAGGAUUAAUUUGACCCCAUUCAAUGUUUAAUGUCGGUGUUCUUUCGGUAGUCAACAAACAAACAUAAAGUGCCUCACACUUAAACUUGGAAAACAAUAUUAAUUCUAAUAAUUUUCUGGAGGUUUUAAUUGCUGGCGUCAAAUUGAACCCAAAGGGUAAAAUAUGUUAGUAAAUAUAAAGGUAACAGGAGGGUGAAACAUUGAAUCGGGUCAAAAUGACCCAUAGGCGGGGGGAGGGUGUAAUAUUGAUUCGGGUCAAAAUGACCCUAAGGCAACACAAGGGUUAAAAGAAUUCCCUAGCAUUUAAACAUGUGCCUUCCGUAUUAACUACUUACUUUUUAUAAAAGCAAACGGGUCUUGUGAUUUUUUAAAUUAUUUUUCAUUUCUAUGAAAGCACUCCAUUAACAACUCUUACCUCUUAUAAAUUGAUUGCCAGGCUAUUCAUUUCCAAGAAUGGGGUAAAACUGAGCCACAGAAAAGCUGUAAAUAUGCAAACUCAUAUAAUCUACUCAACUGCUGUCACAGUAACUCGUACUAUUAAUUAAAGAGCCUACUUUUAUCGUGAGGUUUCUACAGCACAUUAACUGUGACGCAACAACGGUUGAGUUGAAAACACUGUGGCAAUUUGGUGAUAACUGCUUUAUGCUUUUGGGUUUUGAGUUUUUACAUGAACAAAAAAAAAUGAAUCCCCUUCCCAAUUCGUAGCAACAACUGUGAAUGUUAAAAAUACCAUUACGAAAUUGUUAAUGACAUGUGUGAAAAUGUUACAAACCACUUUUUGAGUCUGCACAUGUCCUGUAUUUACUUGUAAUUUGAUGUUACUGCUGUAUGUGGAGAGGAGAUAAGAGAUAAGUUACGAUGAUGCAUUUGUAGCUACUAAAAGAAAUUACUGAUACACGUGUAAUCUCAUGGGUUAUUUAUUGCCUUCCCUGCUGUUCACACCUUACUAUACGAGAGCCUGCAUGAUGAAAUAAAAGGGAAUUUAACUUUUCCUAAAA